CGCUGCACUCGCUUUCCAAUCAUGCGCCAUUGAAAACAAACGUAGCCGAGACGAUAGGCUUUUUUCAUUGAUCGCUUCAGUACUUUAUCAGGUUUAAAUUGUAUUUAGCUGAAGUUUACGUAAACAAACAAAGAUGGAAAGCAUUUUAGAGCAACAGCGCCGCUAUCAUGAAGAGAAGGAGCGACUUAUGGAUGCAAAAACGAAAGAAAUGUUACACAAAAAGUCUACGCUUCGGGAGCAGAUAAAUUCUGAUCAUCGGACACGAGCAAUGUUGGAUCGGUACAUGGAAGUGUGUGCAAACCUCAGAGACUCGUAUGAAGACAAAGAUGGGAUGAGGAGGGAUGAACUGGCUGCCAUCUCGGGGCCAAACGAGUUUGCAGAGUUCUACAACCGGCUCAAACACAUAAAGGAGUUCCACAGAAAGCAUCCAAAUGAGAUUUCCAUUCCGAUGUCGGCAGAGUUUGAAGAGUUAUUUAAAGCCCAGGAGAACCCCAGUGAAGAAGCUCAGAAUCUGGUGGAGUUCACAGAUGAGGAAGGAUACGGCCGUUACCUGGACCUGCACGACUGCUACCUGAAAUAUAUCAACCUGAAGGGCGCUGAGAAACUGGACUAUAUCACCUACUUAUCCUCAUUCGACCAGCUCUUCGACAUCCCCAAAGACCGGAAGAACGCUGAAUACAAAAGGUAUCUGGAAAUGCUGCUGGAGUAUCUGCAGGAGUAUACCGACAGAGUAAAACCUUUACUGGACCAGAACGACCUGUACAAUAAAGUGCUGACGGAGUUUGAGAAGAAAUGGGACAAUGGCUCCUUCCCUGGCUGGCCUAAAGAGGCCAGCAGUGCCUUGACACAUGCCGGAGCUCAUCUGGACCUUUCUGCUUUUUCGUCCUGGGAGGAGCUGGCUUCUUUGGGUCUGGACAGGUUGAAGUCUGCUCUCAUGGCUUUGGGGUUGAAAUGUGGAGGAACUCUUGAAGAACGUGCUCAAAGACUGUUCAGCACCAAAGGCAAGUCCCUGGAGUCGUUGGACCCUUCUCUGUUUGCAAAGAACCCCAAAGCCAAAGGCCCAAAAAAAGACACAGAGCGUAACAAGGAGAUUGGCUUCCUGGAGUCUCAAGUUUAUGAAUACGUGGAGAUUCUUGGAGAGCAGAGGCAGUUGACCCACGAGAAUGUCCAGAGAAAGCAGGCGCGCACAGGGGAGGAGAGAGAAGAGGAGGAGGAGGAGCAAAUCAGCGAGAGCGAAAGUGAGGAUGAAGACAACGAGAUCAUCUACAACCCCAAGAACCUGCCACUGGGUUGGGACGGGAAGCCCAUCCCAUACUGGCUUUACAAACUCCACGGGCUCAACAUCAACUACAACUGUGAGAUCUGUGGAAACUACACAUACAGAGGACCCAAGGCCUUCCAGAGACACUUUGCGGAAUGGAGGCACGCUCACGGAAUGCGCUGUCUAGGAAUCCCCAACACAGCCCACUUUGCCAACGUCACACAGAUUGAAGAUGCGGUUUCUUUGUGGGCAAAACUCAAGUCCCAGAAGGCUUUGGAAAGAUGGCAACCAGACACAGAGGAAGAAUAUGAAGAUUCUAUUGGAAAUGUGGUGAACAAGAAGACGUACGAGGAUCUGAAGAGGCAGGGCUUGCUCUAGAUCAUUUUAUCAGUUCAUUUUUUAUCACGUGUUUUGCUUUUUAUAUGUAAGUAAUUAGUAAUGGUGUUUUAUCGCUACCCAUUUCCUUAUCAUUUUGUAAUAUGGUAACAUUGAUCCUUAUAAUAAACACAAUACUGUCACUGUU